UUUGCCGGCUAUCAGAUAGACCUUCCAAUCACGAACGUGCUAUCCAUUUGGAAUGAAGUGGAAGAAGCUUUUGUACGCUCUCGCUUUGUCGGUGCUGCUCGUUUCGUUUUGCCGGUUCGCCGAGUCCAAGAAGGUGAUCAUCCACGUUCCCUAUCGAGUGAAGAACGUAAAACACGUCCACACGAUUUACAAAAUAAUACCGCAUUAUCACGAGGAGAAGGAGGAAGAGAUAGAAGAAGAGAUAGAGGAAGACGAUAAAUAUGGAUCUUACUAGGGACAAUUUUAAUCUAUAUUCGUAUAGAAUUCGCACACGCCAGAUAUGUAAACGUGGAACCCAAUGAAUAGUCAUUAACUCGUACGAGAUUACUUAAGCUGUACAAAUAGCAUUCAUCUAAUGUAGAAAUUUGUAUAAACGAAUAAAUAUAUUUUGCUAA